ACUCCAGUCGAUACCCAUUCGAGUUUAGCCUGUUCUCGUGCGUGGUCGUUUCCGUCGGGAAUAAAUCUCCCGGAGUUACUGGUUGUUAAGUUUUCAAUUUUAUCGAUUAAGUUUAAUUAUUUUCUGAAAAUCUUUCGAUUUCAAUCGAAAGCUAGAAGUGAAUAACCCAAAGAUUGCAUACUUCCGGGCCGUUUUUUUCCUUGUUAACAAGAAAUUUUUUCUCUCAUCAUCUAAAAUUUUGGAAUGCAAAAACUCGACAGUUUCUCGUUUAAUUACUGCAGCUGACACAGUGAAUUUCGAAUUGAGUUUUUCAUUGCCCGAAGAAAACUGGGAUCGCCUAAAAAAGUGUUCAGUUGGAUUAAGUGAACUCUAUAAGAAGAUAUUGGAUACACACGGUGAAAAUUUCGUUUCGACCACAUCGAAAGCCGAGCUAGUCAGUUUUGGAUUUCAAGGAUCAUUAUUACCCAGAGGAAUAGUUACGAGCCGAGAUUAACCCGGUCUUCCGGAAAACCUGCGCUGGAGAAAAACAAAAUGCUUUCGCCCACCAGUUUGGACGAAAUCAAGGAGAGGAUCAGUAAAAAUGAAGAAAAAAUCAACGUCCUACAAUCAAUCAACAAUGUCCUGAAGGAACGCCACGAUAUCGAAUCCAACUAUCGGAAGUUGGCCGUUAAAUUCAGGGACAUGCAGGAGGAGGAAGCCCUCCGGAGGGCCAAGGUCAGUUCAUUUGACGAGGUUCGGAAAAAGCAGCUUGCCGAACUGCAGGCCAAGGGCGAAGCCCUCUGUCGGGAGAAGGCGAAGCUGCAGCACCAAAUAGAACACGUCACCUGGCACAUAGAGGGCUGCCGGCGGCGGCGUCCCUGCCUGGCACGGUUACCGGAGAACUGUCCGCUCAAGGGAAACGCCCCCAGCUGUAUGCCACACUCGCCCGAAAAGCUCAAGAUUAUGGCAAACAUGAAAAGCACGGCUGACCAUUUGGUUCGAGGAAUCAUGGACUUGAGGAAGAAAAUUCACAUCGUACAGGACAAACUGGAACACGAAUUAGCCCGCAAGAAAGACAUGGAAAAGAAGCUGUCGGAUUUGCGCAAACAGAUAUGCCAGCACAACAAGUGUAUGCAGCAGCAAAGUAUUCGAGAGCACGCUCACCAUCACGCUCACCACGGGCACCACCAUCAUCACAAUCACGGCGGCGGCGGUGGAGGUGGAGGUGGAGGAGGAGGCGGUGGCGGCGGCCAUCAUCAUGGUGGGGGUGGUGGAGGAGGGGCAGGAACCACCACCCUACCUCCGAUUAAGAACUGCGUAGCUGCCAAAUAG